CUUUGGGAGGCAGAGUUCUCCCUGUGGCCGCCAUUAAAGAAAGGAAUCCAUGAAUUCAAAUGGCAACCAGCAGGAACAGAGACCGAAAUAAUGGUUAAAAUUACCGCAAAAAUAUAGGCAUAUGCCAAUUUUCGAUUGGUUUUUAAGGAUGUUAUUCGUUUUUACAUCGAUUUUGAUGGUGAUGGAGGAGUAGAGGGACGUUUUUAGCAAAGACCGUUUUAAGCUAAGGGGGAGGGGGAGAGUUGCUUAUUUACUCUCCUUUUCUUUUUGUUUUAAAGCAUUUUUCGCUCCCUUUUAUUUGUUUACUUCAUGUGUAUUUGAGAGGUCGACAGAGAGGUUGCGAAGACGAUAUUUUAACUGCUUUUAUUUUUGGGCGGAUAAUAGCUUUCGAAGGGUUGUUGAAUUACAUACUCCAGCCGAUUGGUAAAAAUAAUUUUCGUUGAUUAGCUUAUACAUCUUGCAAAAAUACUAGUGGAAAUCGGUAUUUAUUUCCCCCGGAACUGAAAUGAUGGAAUGUUCGAUCUCGCUGUGAAAGGAUGAGUUCUUGUUUUGUACCAAACGGGGCCAGCUUGGAGGAUUGCCAUUCCAAUCUAUUUUGUCUGGCGGACUUGACGGGGAUCAAAUGGAAGCGGUACGUGUGGCAAGGCCCCACCUCGGCACCCAUCCUCUUCCCGGUGACCGAGGAGGACCCCAUCCUGUGCAGCUUCAGCCGCUGCAUCAAAGCGGACGUGCUGAGUGUGUGGCGGCGGAGCCAGAGGCCCGGACGUAGGGAGCUCUGGCUCUUUUGGUGGGGGGACGACCCCAACUUUGCCAAGCUGAUCCAUCACGAACUUACAGCUGAGGAAGACGGUGUGUGGGAGAGUGGUCUGUCCUAUGAGUGCAGGACGCUCCUGUUCAAAGCAAUCCAUAACCUGCUGGAGCGGUGUCUCAUGAACCGUAGCUUCGUACGCAUCGGCAAAUGGUUCGUCAAGCCCUACGAGAAAGAUGAGAAGCCCAUUAAUAAGAGUGAACACCUGUCAUGCUCGUUCACCUUCUUCCUCCAUGGGGAGAGUAACGUGUGCACCAGUGUGGAGAUCAACCAGCACCAGCCAGUCUACCACCUGAGUGACGAGCACCUCACCCUGGCCCAGCAGGCCUCCAGCCCCUUCCAAGUCAUCCUAAGUCCGUUUGGUCUGAACGGGACUCUGACGGGUCAGUCAUUCAAGCUGUCAGACCCUCCCACCCAGAAACUGAUAGAGGAGUGGAACCAGUUCUAUCCCAUAAGCCCCAGCUCUAAAGACAAGGACAAAAAUGACUCUCCAUCGGAGGACAAGAUGGAGUACAUGGACUGGGAGGAUGACUCGCUGGCCGCUGUAGAGGUCCUCGUUGGUGGUGUGAGGAUGGUGUACCCAGCCUGCCUGGUGCUGGUGCCCCAGUCUGACAUCCCGGCCGUGGUCCCCCAGGGGUCCUCGCCCUGCACCGCCAUCUAUUCUGGUGGCCACCAAGUGCCUGCAUCCCAACGAGAGCCUGCCAUCUCCUCAGUCACCCUCACGCCCCCAACCUCACCCGAGGAUGCCCAUACAGGUACAAUGAUGGACUCCCAGUCGACUCUGAAAUGGGUGAAGAUGUCGUCGGCUGUGGACGGCUUCAGUGUAGACAGCACCGGUCACCACGAGUUGAAGAUCCCUCGCAGGCUAGCCAGCCAGGUGGUGGAGAGGGUCUGGCAGGAGUGCAAUAUCAACAGAGCUCAGAACAAGCGUAAGUUCUCAGCGACAGCCAACGGUACCUGUGAGGAGGAGCUGAUGGAGAAAGUAGGGGCUUGGGACUUUGUAGAACCAACACACAGGUCAAACUGCAACUGCUCCAGGCAUAAAGCCCUGAAACAGCGAGGUGGUGGUACCCCGGGCCAGCCCCAGUCAGCAUGCCAGCCCACCCACACCCAGCCACCCACCAAGCACAAGACUGGAGGUGACAAGCCAGAGAAGAGCGACAAGCAGACCAAGAGGCCACAGACACCCUUCCACCACCGCAGCGCCGCCUGCGAUGACGUUACCAUGGAGACGAAGGCGGCAGGCCAGAGGCUUGCCAUGAGGGCCCAGCAGGAGGGGGGUCGCUUCCCUAGCCUCCACCCUACCGACGGUGUCACCAAGACCCCCCAGCGGCACGACGGAGGGGUGGGUAGUGCCGGUGGUUCCUCAGAGAUGACAGGUUCCCCUCAGCCCCCUCCCCUCAGCCCCCACCCCUGUGAGCGCGACAGAGGAGAGGAGACGGGUGACGGCUCUUUAAAGAACCCCUCCACCCCCCACAGCCAACACUUCUACCAGCCACCCCCGGAGCCCUGCCUGGCGGAACAGAAGGGUGGCGUCGGGGACCACCGUGGACUGGAUGGCCUGGCACACCACUUCCACCACCACCACACGGCCUACCCACCCGAUCCCCUGGAGCCCACUGUGUACGUAAGCUCUGCAGUCAACCUGGAGGAGGACGGCUCCCCAGCGCCAUGGAGGUUCUUCAACCUGCCCAGGAGGAAAGAGGCCGUAAUACCAACGCCAACGCUGCCUUGGGACAAGCUGAGGGAAAGGGAGAGAGACGAGGCCUCGGGAGGACAGGAGGUGGUGUCUGUCACUGAACUGAUGGCCACAUCUAAUCGGCCUCUGAAGGUGUCGGAGGAGCGCGUGCAGAUGUACAUUCAGCGGAGGAACCAGUACCUGGCCGCCGCCAUCACCGACGACGACCACGAGCCUGAGGUGGACCCGUACGCCUUCGAGGACGGGGACGUCAAGUUCUCCUUCUCCGACAAGAAGGACAAGACGGGUGGCGAACGCCAGCCCGGGAAGAAACACAAGGGGGAGGAUGGAGCAGCAGGUCCAUCAGAUGACGCAGCACGGGAAGCAGCAAACGCACGCACUGCGUCCACUAGCCUAAUCCACGAGACCGACCUGGCCGUGUCCAUCAACGACCUUGACAACCUCUUCAACUCCGAUGAGGACGAGCUCACGCCUGGUUCCAGACGUGCGGUGAAUGGAACAGAUAAUACAUUUGGCACCAAGGAACCAAAGCCAGCCCCUCUGGACCCAGUCUCCUGCAUCAGCUCGGCAGACCUGCACCAGAUGUUCCCCACUCCCCCCAGCCUGGAGCAGCACAUCAUGGGCUACUCCCCCAUGAACAUGGGCAGUAAGGAAUACGGCAGCAUCGAGGCUGGACAUGGCAUGACCAACCUGGACGGUGCCUCGUCCCUUGGGGGACACUUCAAGAUUGAAGUGGAAGAGGGCUACUGCAGCCCCAAGCCACAGGAAAUCAAGGACUUCUCGUUUGUAUACAAGCCGGAGCUGUGCCAGGCAUUUGUGGGCUGCUCCAUGUUUGCCCCCAUGAAGACCCUGCCCAGCCAGUGUCUGCCCCCCAUCAAGCUGCCAGAGGAGUGCAUCUACAGGCCCAGCUGGACAACAGUGGGCAAACUGGAAAUGCUCAACAACCCCCAUGUGCCUUCCAUGGCCUACCUCAACAAAGACAGUAACAUCCCCAGUGUGGGCAGUGCCAUGGACCAGGACUACAGCCAGAGUUACACACCCCAGACCCAUACUCCCUUCAUGUCCAACAGUGCCCCCCCCAGCAACAGUGGCACGGGCAUCCUGCCCUCACCGGCCACCCCGCGCUUCUCCGCCCCCACACCACGCACUCCCCGUACCCCACGCACCCCCAGAGGGCCCGCCAGUGUCCAGGGCUCGCUUAAGUACGAGAACUCUGACCUCUACUCGCCUGCCUCCACCCCCUCCACCUGUCGACCCAUCAACUCAGUGGAGCCAGCCACCGUGCCCUCCAUCCCCGAGGCCCACAGCCUCUACGUCACCCUCAUCCUCUCGGAGUCCGUCAUGAACCUCUUCAAGGACUGCAACUUCGACAGCUGCUGCAUCUGCGUGUGCAACAUGAACAUCAAGGGGGCCGACGUGGGGGUGUACCUGAGCGACCCCACGGGAGAGGCCCAGUACCCCUGCACCUGCGGCUUCAGCGCUGUGGUCAACCGCCGCUAUGGCAACGGUUCGGGCCUCUUCCUGGAGGACGAGCUGGACAUCAUCGGACGCGACUCGGACGUCAGCCGCGAGGCGGAGAAGCGCUUCGAGGCGCUGCGGCAACACUCGCUGGAGAGGACAGGGGGAGGAGGGAGGGGGGAGAGGGUACCAGACGAACUGAUCUUACUGCUACAGGACCAGUGCACCAACCCCUUCUCUCCCAUGGCUGGGAUGGAGCCUGACAGCCUGGCAGCGCGGGGGCCCGGGGGUUGUCCAGUGCCGGCCUGUGUGAGGGUGGAGGAGAGGGACUACCACAGUGACUGCUACAUGGCUCUGGAGCACGGCCGCCAGUUCAUGGACAACAUGUCAGGAGGAAAGGUGGACGAGGCCCUGGUCAAGAGUACUUGUCUACACCACUGGUCCAAACAAAACGCGGUGGACAUCAGUGCUCUGUGCUCUCAGGACGUGUUGCGGGUGCUGCUCUCCCUCCAGCCUGUACUCCAGGAUGCCAUCCAGAAGAAGAGGACAGUGCGCUCCUGGGGCGUUCAGGGACCCCUCACCUGGCAGCAGUUCCACAAGAUGGCGGGACGGGGCUCCUACGGCACAGAUGAGUCUCCAGAGCCCCUGCCCAUCCCUACCUUCCUGGUGGGUUAUGAGUAUGACUUUGUGGUGCUGUCGCCCUUUGGCCUGCCCUACUGGGAGAAGCUGCUGCUGGACCCCUUUGGCUCCCACAGGGACGUGGGCUACCUGGUGGUCUGUCCCGACAAUGAGGCCCUGCUCCAGGGGGCUAAGAGCUUCUUCAGGGACCUCACCGCCGUCUACGAGUCAUGUCGUCUGGGCCAGCACCAGCCAAUCUCAAAAGGUCACCCGGACGGCAUCGUGAGAGUGGGCGGAUCGGCUGCUAAGAAGCUAGCGGAGCAGCCCGUCAGCGAUUGGUUCAUCAAGGCUGCCAGCAGCAACAGCGAUGCCUUCGCCAAACUCAAGCUCUAUGCGCAAGUCUGCCGCCACGACCUCGCUCCAUACCUCGCCGCACAGCCUUUAGACAGCUCCCUCCUCACACAGCCCACACCCCCUCCUGCCACCAACCAAUGCUCAUCCACACAAUCCUCUGGCUCCUCCUCCACCACCUCUGCUUGCCCCCAAAACUCAGCGACCCCCUCCCUCCCCAACAACAACAGCAGCAGCGUGCCUAGUAACAACACCGGUGUAGCCAACAGUGCCAACAGCACAGCGUCGUCAGGGAGCCAGCCCAGCAGCGGGCUGCAGUCUGCCAAGCCCAGCUCCUUCCCUCCCUUUGGGACCAUGAGCAUGCAGAACCAGGGCCAGGGUGGUGGCACCCAGGGAGGGCAGCUGGGCCAACAGGCUGGAGCCCAGAACGCAGGCCUCACCGGGGUGGACUCAGCCAGCCAGGCCCAGUCACCCACUGAACCCCUUGAGAGCACCAUGGAGCGAGAGAAGGUGGGUGUGCCGACGGAUGGAGAAUCUCAUGCCAUAACGUACCCCCCGGCCAUCGUGGUGUACAUCGUGGACCCCUUCACCUAUGAGGAGCCUGAGGCGGGGUCCAGUGUGUGGACCCUGGGCCUGCUGCGCUGCCACCUGGAGAUGCUCCAGUUCCUCCCACCACACAUCCGCAACUCUGUCUCUGUACAGAUCAUCCCGUGCCAGUACCUGCUCCAGCCGGUGAGGAGCGAGGAGCGUCAUAUCUACGCUCAGCACCUCAAGUCCCUGGCCUUCUCAGUGUUCUCCCAGUGCAGGCGACCCCUCCCCAGAUCCACCAACGUCAAGUCGCUGACUGGCUUCGGCCCCGGCCUGGCCAUCAACACCACACUGAAGAGCCCAGAGAGACCAGAGUGUUUACGGCUCUACACGCCUCCCUUCAUCCUGGCCCCCACCAAGGACAAGCAGACUGAGCUGGGGGAGACGUUCGGGGAGGCCUCUCAGAAGUACAACGUGCUGUUUGUGGGCUACUGCCUGUCCCACGACCAGCGCUGGCUCCUGGCCACCUGCACCGACCUGUACGGAGAGCUGCUGGAGACCUGCAUCAUCAGCAUUGACGUGCCCAACAGAGCGCGGAGGAAAAAGGGCUCUGCCCGGAGGUCGGGCCUGCAGAAGCUGUGGGAUUGGUGCUUGGGGCUGGUGCAGAUGACAUCUGUGCCAUGGAGGGUGGUGAUAGGUCGCUUGGGCCGAAUGGGACAUGGCGAGUUGAGAGACUGGAGUAUUCUGCUGAGCAGGAGGAACCUGCAGUCUCUAAGUCGGCGUCUCAAGGAGAUGUGUCGAAUGUGUGGCAUCUCUGCCUCCGACACUCCCAGCAUCCUUAGCGCCUGUCUGGUCGCCAUGGAGCCACAGUGCUCUUUUGUCAUCAUGCCAGACUCUGUGUCUACAGGCUCAGUGUUCGGCCGCAGCACCACUCUGAACAUGCAGACGUCCCAGCUGAGUACUCCCCAGGACACGUCCUGCACCCACAUCCUGGUGUUCCCCACUUCAGCCUUCGUCCAAGUGGCCAGCUCCAACUACACUACUGACACCAACAUAGACAUCGCCUUCAACCCUAUCCCCGAUGGGUCGGACGCCAUCGGGAUCUUUGACCUGCUGGAUCAGGAGAACGAGCUGGUGGACCCUGACAUCAUCAACAUCCUGCCCUCCUCACCCACCACCUCACCCGUACACUCCCCCGGCGGCCACUACCACCAGGGGGGAGACGGCAGCAAGGGCCAGAGUACGGAUCGGAUGGAAUCCCAUGAUGAAGCGCCUAACAUCCUGCAGCAGCCCCUGGCCCUGGGCUACUUUGUGUCCACAGCCAAAGCCGGCGCACUGCCUGACUGGUUCUGGUCAGCCUGCCCUCAAGCUCAGAACCAGUGUCCUCUUUUCCUCAAGGCCUCUCUGCACCUCCACGUGUCUUCAGUGCAAUCAGAUGAACUGCUGCACAGCAAACACUCCCAUCCCCUUGACUCCAAUCAGACCUCGGACGUACUCAGAUUUGUGCUGGAGCAGUACAAUGCCCUCUCUUGGUUGACGUGUGACCCCGCAACGCAGGACCGGCGCUCCUGUCUGCCCAUCCACUUUGUGGUGCUCAACCAGAUGUACAACUUCAUCAUGAACAUGUUGUAACAAAUAGCCUGAGGGGGAGUAGGAGAAGAGGAGGGGACACGCCUAAGGAAAUUCCAACCUGACAGGCUGAUGCUGGACUGCAGUGUUGGACUUCACUAUGCGUUGUCUGGAUCUAGAUCUGAAUAGGAGAUCAGAGGGCUUCCGGAUUGAAGAAAGCCCUCAGCCAUAACAACGGGCAAUAGAAACGGGUCAUAGAAACGGCUCAGUCUGCUCCUGCCACUGUGACACACACAAGAAGAUGAAGAAGGAAGAGGAGGAGGAAGAAAAAGAGGGAGAUUUCUGGAACGGGUUAUGCUAAUAACAGGAACAAGAGAAAAGAAAGAUCCAUAGUCAGAUAGUCCUUUUGGAAAACGUCUGUAAAAUAUUGGAAGAAAAGGGACAUUUCAGUGAACAACAACUCGAGAAUGGAUCUUUGGUUUUAAGACCCGAAAUAUUCACUUUUUUCCUUUGGAAGAAAUGUAAUCCAAAUGAAAUGCCUGCAUCUAUCUUAUUUAUUAUAAGUUUUAAUUGUAUCAUUUGUCUUAUUUCUAAAACUCUUUUAUUUAUUUAUAUAUAUAUAUAUAUAUAUAAAAUAUAGAAGGUUUAUAUCACCUUCCUGCUUUUUAAGCAACUUGUCUAAGAUAUAUGUAAUAAUCUUAAUUAAAAAACAAACAAACACCCAGAAAAAUUAAAUAAAGUUGCAGUAGGUUGCUUUUAGAGUAUUAUAUUUUGUAUUGGGGACAGAAUAUUUGUAUUGUCACGAUGUACAGAAGAAGUAGAUUGGAGAAUUAUGUCCAUGCCUUUGUGCGUGGAGGAUUUACAGCUAAGCUGUAGCAGCCGAGGACUUGUACAGCAAUGAAGUUCACUGUGUUCAAAUAAAGAGGUACAUUGUCGUAUAUAGUAUUUUAUACCACACAUUUAGACACACAAACCAAACGGCAAUAUAUAUAUAUAUAUAGAUAAUUAUAUAUGAAUGCCAUGCCAGCGAUGGGUGGUGCGGCUUCUGUUCUAGGAAUAAAGUGUGUCAACUUAAUUUUA